AACUUCUCUGUCCUUUCUUCCACCUUCUUAGUUAUAACGCCUUCAUCAUUGCACCACAAAAAUAAAGAUCACAGAGCAAAGAAAGAAAGAGAAAAAAAAAAAAACAGUGAGAAGAGAAAAACCAUCUCACAUCAUCUUGCAGGUGUGUAUUUCAUUAUAUAUUCUGCUUCUGAGUAAUUGGAAGGCUAACCAGGUGCUGCUUCGUUCCUUAAUUUCAUAUUCUUCAGGGUUCUCUAGUGUCAUCACACAAAUCAGGGAAUGCUGAAAGAUGUGCUUGGUAGUUAAAAUCUCCUUCACUGAGGCUAAUGAAUUCGUGCCUACAUCUGAGCUAGCCUCGUUCAACCUUGAUGCCAUUGGAUGUUUAGUCCACUGCUCAUAUUUAUUUUGUGCUCAAGCGACUGAGGUGCCUAGAAAUCUCAGCCUUUCAAAACAUGAUGUUUGUGAAGACGGUUGAGCUUUGAAUUUCUUGAGUAGCAGUUUCCUGCUUCUGAACGAGUGAUUGCCUGUACUUAGUACUAUUUAUAUUGGCAUUGGUUUACACGACAGUGUUUCUAGAAAUGGAGCAAAAAGGAGGUGUGCUUAUGCAAAGAUAUGAACUGGGAAGAUUAUUAGGCCAAGGAACCUUUGCGAAGGUUUACCAUGCUAGGAACCUCAUAACUGGCGCGAGUGUGGCCAUUAAAAUUGUUGAUAAGGAGAAGAUUCUGAAAGUUGGGAUGAUUGAUCAGAUCAAGCGCGAAAUUUCAGUGAUGAGACUAAUCAGGCAUCCACAUGUGGUUGAGCUUUACGAGGUAAUGGCCAGCAAAACCAAAAUUUACUUUGUAAUGGAGUAUGUAAAAGGUGGUGAGCUCUUCAACAAGGUAUCCAAAGGAAAGCUCAAGCAGGACGAUGCAAGGAGAUAUUUUCAGCAAUUGAUCAGUGCUGUUGACUACUGCCAUAGUAGAGGUGUGUGCCAUCGCGAUCUGAAACCUGAAAACCUUCUACUGGAUGAAAAUGGGAAUUUGAAGAUCUCAGAUUUUGGGUUAAGUGCCCUUGCUGAAACUAAGCACCAAGACGGAUUACUCCAUACUACAUGUGGUACCCCUGCCUAUGUUGCACCAGAAGUGAUAAACAGAAGAGGCUAUGAUGGUGCCAAAGCUGAUAUAUGGUCAUGUGGGGUGAUCUUGUAUGUUCUAUUGGCUGGUUUUCUUCCAUUUAGAGACCCAAAUCUGAUGGAGAUGUACAGGAAGAUUGGCAAGGGAGAAUUCAAAUUCCCUAACUGGUUUUCACCAGAUGUACGCAAAUUGUUGUCGAAAAUCUUGGAUCCAAAUCCUAAGACCAGGAUAUCAAUGGCCAAAAUCAUGGAAAAUUCUUGGUUCAAAAAGGGGUUAGAGAAGCCCACCAUUACUCAGAGCAAAGAUGAAGAAGUAGCUCCACUGGAUGCUGAUGGAGUAUUUGGAGCUUGUGAAAAUGGAGGUCCUAUUGAACCACCAAAAGACUCAAAACCUUGCAAUUUAAAUGCUUUUGACAUCAUCUCCUAUUCCUCGGGUUUUGACUUGUCCGGUUUGUUCGAGGAGACAGAUCGAAAGAAAGAAUCGCGAUUUACAUCUGACAAGCCAGCCUCAAUUAUCAUCUCUAAGUUGGAGGAAAUUUGUAAUCGUCUUCGGUUGAAAGUGAAGAAGAAAGGUGGAGGUUUGUUCAAGUUGGAAGGUUCCAACGAAGGAAGAAAAGGGCCUUUGGGCAUUGAUGCUGAGAUUUUUGAGAUCACCCCAGUUUUCCAUCUAGUGGAGUUGAAAAAGACUAGUGGAGAUACAUUGGAGUACCAAAAGCUUUUGAAACAGGAAGUUAGGCCUGCUCUUAAGGACAUUGUUUGGAACUGGCAAGGAGAACAACCACAGCAAUUGCAACAUGUAGUGCAGCAAGAGGAGCAACCUUCAUAUCCUGGCAUAUCAGAGAUUGUACCACAACCAACUGCCUAAUGAAUGUUAUGUCCCUAAUAAACUGGUUUUUGUAUUGUAUUUGAUUUAUUUUAGACUUCGUUUUGUUCUUGGUUUAGUGCACAUUGUCAUGUUGAUAGUUGUCACAAAAUAAGGUGGUUAAGCAUGUAUAGACGCUUAGUUUGUUUAAUUAGUUGCAUAUUUGACCAUUUGGGUCUUUUGUUCUCUGUAUCGAGUCUAUUGACUAUGUUGGAAAUGACAUUUGCAUUUUGCGGCUUAAAUGGUUUCACAAACUGCUUGAGCAUG